AUGUCUGGCUUCGAGAUCGCCGGUGCCGUGCUGGGCGCGCUCCCGAUCGCCAUCACCGCGCUUGAAAAGUACCGGGAGGCGAACCGUACGUACAGGUUCUGGCGCGGCAUCCGGAGGGAGCAUAACAAUUUUAGGCAGGAGCUCAACCACCAGCGCUACCUCUUCUCCACGAACCUCGAGAUCCUGCUACUUCCUCUGGUCGUGGAUGAUGACAUGAUCAAAACAUUGUGCGCCAACCCUGGAGGCCCCGAGUGGAAGCGACCGGAAACCGAAAAAGCACUCCAAAUAAGGCUCGGAGGAGCGUACCCGCACUACCUAGCCAUCAUGGAAGCCUUGGAGACUACAGUGAGAGAACUCAACAAGGAGCUGGCACUUGACUCACCUGCUGUCCAGGACGGUUUUAAAGGCACGCUUACCACGGAUGGCGGUUCCACCAUGCGGAAGCUUCUCGAAGAGCUGACCCGGCGCAACAACCAACUGGAGACGCUGCUCGGGCAAACGGACAAGGUCGCCCAGCUCAGUCAGCAGCGCGCCGGCGCAGCUGACCAGCUGGGCGGCGUGGGGGCCACGGCAGCUGCAAAAAUCGACGCGGCCUUGCUGUCCUUCUGGAAGAGCGCUGCGACGUUGUACAACAUGCUCCAGGCGGCAUGGACCGGCUGCUCGUGCUCCAAAGCGCACGUCAUAAACAUGCUACUUCAGCACCACCCGGCAGCAAAAAAGGGCCGGUUCGAGAUCUUGCUCGCCGCUUCGGACCGAGAACAUCCAUGGGAACUGCAUAGAACGCUAGUCACGGUGGGCGAGGACGAGAGCAGACGGGUGACUGAGGCGCCGGGGCUCGUGGCAACCAAUGAGAUCGGUGAUGGUAGCAUCCUGAAGCGCGAGCCAGGUCACCGGAGCGCCAAGGUUCUCAAGUCGGCAAUGCGCACAAAGGCCGUCCUAGCCGCGCCCGGUGCGCAAGCGGCGUCGACCGUUACUGCAGCUGUCAUGGUUAUCCAAACGCCAACAGCGGCAGAGAGGAUCACCGACUUGUGCAAGUCGCUCCAGUCGACAGACGGCUGCACCUGUGUGGGCUUCCUGCACGACGAAGACGACGACAACAGUCGCUACUUUCUGUAUCCGCAAUCCAAGCAGCUGGCGUUCAAAAUAGAGUCUAUAUCACUGGCGCAGCUGAUCAGCGAGGAGGAACUUCCACCGCUGACCUUCCAGCAGCGACUAUUCCUCUCCAUGACCCUCGCCUCAUCAUUCCUGCAGCUUCUGGAAUCGCCGUGGAUACCGCACCUGUGGACAAAGGCCGACAUCAUCUUCUUCCCGGAUCCCAACUGUCCCGGUAUCUUCUUGCUCGAAAGGCCGCAUGUCAGAGGCCAAUCGACAGACGCCUGUACCAUGCAAAAAGGCCCAAACAAUACCGGCGGGUCAGGAACCACCAAACCACUACCUCGACCACUCAGCAACGACGAAAAAAGACAACAGUCACUCGCACGCCUGGGCGUCGUGCUAGCAGAGCUGUGCUUCCGCUGCAGCAUCGAGAAGCGGCGCGCGCAAAGGGGCGCCGACGACCCCGACAUCCUGCUUGCCAUCAGCUGGCUCAAGGAAAUGGCCGGCGAGGCGGCCGGGCACCAUUACCAGACGGCGGUCAAGUGGUGCCUGGUGGACAACAGGGUCUCAUCAGGCGAUCCAGACUCGUGGCGGCGCGAGAUGCUGAGGCUGGUCGUGGCGCCCCUCGAGGGGGCCUACCAGCAGUUCACGACGGGCGGCUGA